GCGAAACAAAGUUAUCGAGACCGUCGAGGUGGUGGUGCAAAAGCAAGACGCGAAAUUGCCAGCUGGCGGCAGUUGCCGGACCGGGAUACGCCUGGAUAUGCACUUGAGGGAGGUGCAAAACAGGCCCGUGCACCACAAAGCCAUCUCUGCCAAUUCCCUCUCCACCCUACACUCCCCGUACGCCGUCCCUGGCGUCCUACCUUCCUCCAAAACCACCAUUUCGCCACCCCGACCCACCCCAGACGACGACCAUGGCUCCCCGAACUCAUCCACCAGAACCCUCGUCCUCUACCCAGACUGCACACAACCUUGCCGUCCUCACAGAGUACACCCACACGCUCGACUCGCUCCCCCUUGACCUUUCACGAAACUAUGGUGACCUCCGAGAACUCGAUGCAGUCCUUUCAUCUUCCAUGUCGAUCCUCACUCACAAAGUUGUCCAACUCACCGAGAUGAUUGAGUCCCGCGCUGCAACAAAGGACGAGCGGUUGUGGUUGCUCGCCGAGAUUGCUGAUGAGGCUCGAAAACUCAAACCAGGAGCUGACGACAAGAUUCGCGUCGCUUCUCAAUCCGCAGACGCAGUCAAAGCGCAUAAAGCGCAUAUGUCGACUUUGCUCGACCAUAUGCCGGACACUGAGUUCGGGAAAAUGGCGGGCACGUUGGACAGAAAGACAGUUUUCCCUCACGUCUCACAGAGAUCCUUCGUUUCAUUCAAUAACUCUGGUGAAGGCAGUCGACGAGCAAGACGAGGUGGCGCAGGUCAUUUGCUCGCGAACAACGUUGAUGCGACGCCGCACAAACGGAAACGGGCGGUAGGACGGGAUGAGGAUGGAGAACUGGCUGUUGUAAAGAGUCCAAGAAAAGAAAGAGUUGUUGAUGGCCAUCGACCUCGAAACAAUGGCAGGUCGAGAAAACCGGAACGUGCAGCUUCACCAGCGGAAUCUCUCCUCUCUGUAGCCUCACAUAUUCCCAAUGGCCCUUCCACAGCACAACAACACCUCGGCGCGUCACAAGCUCGACAGACAACCACCGGUCGUGCAGCUAGUACCGUGUCCGCGAUUAAGCGCUUAAAGACACAGCAAGCGCACGCCCCAGAUCCAAAUCAACAUGUAGAAGCCAACGGUCACCGAAAUGACCUUAUAAAUGCACCACCACCUUCUUCAUCGGCCGGCCAUCCUUCUCUACCCACGCCAUACGCCAAUGGUACUCAGAGCAAGAACGAAGUUAUCAAUGGAAGGGCAGUUAGCAAUGGGCUGACGGAAUGGGCAACUGGACAACUGGAAGGCCCAGGAAUGCCAGUGGCUCGUAACUUCACACCUGCUGCUGCCAGCGCCAUACAAGACGAGCAUGAAUCACUCGCUGGUGGUCAAGAUGGCGAUGCAGACGGCGACGACCAGACACUGUAUUGCUUCUGUCAGGGCGUCAGCUACGGUGCUAUGAUUGCAUGCGAAGAUCCUGGGUGUGAAAGGGAAUGGUUUCAUCUUGGAUGCGUCGGGCUUAAAGAGGCACCGGACGGUGAUUGGAUUUGCGACUCGUGUCGAAGUAAACGUACUGCAAAACGUUCAGGGAGAGGUGGUAAAAGACGAGCAGGCGGUGGUCGUGGUGGGCGUAACACUUCUGCAUGACAUAUUCACUGACUUUGUAUUAUCCUCGUGCGUUACUUCCUUUCUUUUCGUUUGCUUUCGACCUGGGCUGAUUGAAAAUUCAGUAUCGUGUAUCCUUAUGUCAGGUUAUCGUUAUCGUAGCUCACUUAAUGUCAGGUUGCUAUAAAAUCGCUUUAUUCUUCCG